AUGGUUUCGAGGGUUCACAAGAGAACAGGUUUAUUUCAUAGGAACCUUCAACAUCUUCGAUCAAUCACUAAAUCCCAUGCGGUAUUUAAAACAUCAGUGAUAUUGGAUGCAUCAGAGUAUAUACGAAAUCUAAAGAAAAAGCUACAAGAAUUGGAUGAGUUAGCAGUUUGUUCUUCUUCAGCCCAAAAUUUCAUUGACCAUGGUCCCAUGCCUAUGCUUAAAGUUGAAGCACAAGAGGAGGGGUUCAUGAUAAGGGUGCUGAGUCAAAGAAGUUGCAAAGGGUUGUUGGUUUUCAUAUUGGAAGCGUUUGAAGAGCUUGGCCUUCAAGUGCUCCAGGCUAGGGUUUCUUGUGUAGAUGCCUUUUCUUUAGAAGCAAUGGGAAUCAAGGAGCACAAUGAAGGUGAUGAUGAUGAUGAUGGUCAUAUGGAUGCACAAGUAGUAGAACAAGUGAUGUCUAAAGCUAUCAAAAACUGGAGGGAACUUCCAAAGCAAUAAUGGCCUUAUCCGAUCCAAAUAAAAACAACUUUAUUUUAAUUUCUAUCUUGAUCAGUUCAGAUCAUUGUCAUCUUUAAGCCGGUUGGGUUAGAUCGGGUCCAAUGGAUCUUAUGAUCAACGUCGUCGUCGUGUGUGGGUAUAUCGUAAUAUGAUUGUUAAUUUUGGAUAUAUAUUAUCAAAUAAAAUAAUGAAUGAAC